AUCCGCCCAGCUCGGCGUCACGGCACCGACAAGAUGGCCGAGAUUACGGGUCGAAAGUGAGGGAGGAAACAAAAACAUCUGUGAGCUGCCCCCCCUGUUGAAGACGCCGGGUUUCAAGCGGUGCUGAGGACUGGUCAGGGCGGAGAUAUAGGCUGGGUGCAGCCCGGACUCCGGCUCUUGUUCUUGCCGGAUGCAGACACAGUGCGCUCCGCGGCGGCGCGCACUAGGACCGUUUAUCGGGUCUACUGGGAGCUAACCUGCUAACCAUGUUUGCUAUCUGACAGCAUCAUUACUGAGACGUUGUGCAAUUACAAAGUGACACUUGGGCUCGUUCCAAUAUAAAUAGCGGCUGCGUCUAAAUAAGUUAUCGGAGAUAAGGUUAGUUACAGCAGCUCAACUUUCUAAAGAGACAAAUUGGAUUUAGCGCUUAGCUAGCAGGUUAGCAUGCUAACAUUGCGGAUUUCUUGUUUGCAGCUUCGCAGCUAGCAUCUGCGUUAGCAGACGUCAGUUAGUGGGCUCAGCUGUUUUUGGACUCUUUAGGCUGUUCUAUGACUGUAAAGGUACUUCAGUGAGUGUUGGGAGGACGGUGGUGUCACAGUUUAACAGCCGCGGAAACUGUUCUCUUCAAAUCUGGAUAGCCAGGAGUCCUACAGGAUUAAUAGCGUUGAAAGCAUCACAGCCGGGGCGAUCUAAGCCCCCUUGUUACAGGACGAGGAGCAAACCCAGUCGGCUUCAUCAUGGCCCAUUCUCCCGUUCAGGGUAACCUGCCGGGGAUGCAGAAUGUCCGAGUGGACCCCGAGGAGCUGUUUACCAAGUUGGAGCGCAUCGGAAAGGGUUCCUUUGGCGAGGUAUUCAAAGGCAUCGACAAUCGCACGCAGAAGGUGGUGGCCAUUAAGAUCAUAGACUUGGAGGAAGCGGAAGAUGAGAUUGAAGACAUCCAACAGGAGAUCACUGUGCUGAGCCAAUGCGACAGUCCGUUUGUUACCAAGUAUUACGGCUCUUACCUGAAGGACACAAAGCUAUGGAUCAUCAUGGAGUAUUUGGGUGGGGGCUCUGCCUUAGAUUUGAUGGAGCCCGGCGCAUUAGAUGAGACUCAGAUUGCCACAAUCCUCAGAGAGAUCCUAAAGGGUCUGGAGUACUUGCACUCAGAGAAGAAGAUCCACAGAGAUAUUAAAGCUGCCAAUGUGCUGCUGUCCGAGCAAGGAGAGGUGAAGCUGGCCGACUUCGGAGUGGCGGGCCAGCUCACAGACACUCAGAUCAAACGGAACACCUUUGUCGGGACGCCCUUUUGGAUGGCCCCGGAGGUGAUCAAACAGUCCGCGUAUGACUCUAAGGCCGACAUCUGGUCACUUGGAAUCACAGCUAUUGAGCUGGCGAAAGGCGAGCCGCCUCACUCAGACCUCCAUCCCAUGAAGGUGUUAUUCCUCAUUCCAAAGAACAAUCCGCCCACACUCGAGGGCAACUACUGCAAACCUCUCAAGGAGUUUGUCGAAGCCUGCCUCAACAAAGAGCCCAGUUUUAGGCCGACUGCCAAAGAACUGCUGAAGCAUAAAUUGAUCGUCCGCCAUGCGAAAAAGACGUCAUACUUGACAGAGCUGGUGGACAAGUACAAGAGGUGGAAGGCUGAGCAGUCCAGAACUACAGAGUCCAGUUCAGAUGAGUCGGACUCAGAACAGGACGGCCAGGCGUCGGGCGGGAAUGACUUUGGCAGUGAUGAUUGGAUCUUCACCAUCCGAGAAAAGGACCCCAAGAAACUACAGAACGGAGAGGGUCAGUCAGGGGGGACGGACCAGACAAAAGACAUUCCAAGGAGGCCUUAUUCACAGAGCCUGACCACGGUCAUUUCUCCUGCAUUAGCCGAGCUAAAGGCGCGGCAGGAGCAGGUCAACGGGAAUCCACUGGUUCUGGACGAGCUGAGAGCGGCCAUCCUGCUGGCUGAAGAGGCCUACCCUGGCAUCUCCGAUUCCCUCGUGGCUCACAUGGUGCAAAGGCUCCAGAGCUUCUCCACAAGCAGAAGAUCUUCCUCCUCCCCCUAGAGAUGGGCUCUCUACCCCUAAACCUGCUCUCCCAGGUCCCCACAUCCCAUCAACACCCUAGCCAGGUCAGAGGGUUAAACGUUGAGGGUCAAGUCAUUCAAUACCAGCUGGCUGCAUUUGACCUCCAUGUGAGGGGCGCUAACUUAGCCUGUUAUUUAAAAAAAAAAAGAAAAAAAAAGACUGAACUCCAAAGUGGAGAACAGAGACACUUUGCAGAGCUUCUUUUAUCCAUUAACGAGAGAAGAUCUUUGGAAGCUACGAUGGUGCAGCAGGGGGAAAAAGAAAAACAAUACUCAAAAGUGAAAGCGACCAGCUGCAAAAAAAAAACAGCAAUAGCCAAGUCUGUCCCUGGGCUUUUGCACAUGUGACACUCCUCAUGCCUCACACAGAGUCUCUGCAUGGAUUGUGCUGGAUGAGGAGCUGAAAGUCUCCCGUCAGUCCCGCCCCGUUCUCUAAAUGCAGGCGUCAUAUCCCCAGAACCUACGAGAGCAUGCUCGAUGAACCUGCAGGGAUGUUAUCCGAGUUUAAAAGCUGUAUGUGUGUGUGAGUGGGUGUGCGCAGGUAUGUGUGUGUGUGCGUGUGUGUGUUCGGUUUUGUUUGUGAAACUCCCUGUUUAGGCAAAUUGCAGCAUUCUUAAAGAAACCUCAGGUAAAGUGCUUUAAGUGGACUUUGUCCUCCGAGGCAGGAGGGGGCGCCAUGCUGUACAUGAUUACGAGUUAUCAUUGCGGAAAAUAAAUCACUGUGUACAAAAUGGUCGACGCGCAUUUUGUAGAUACUGAUUAAAGACAACGUAGGUAUUUAAAACAUCUCAAAGGUUACUCCGACAGAAAAUGCCUUGCCUUUUUCAGCGUUCUAGCAUUCGUCGCAGAUUUAGUUGGUUUUGUUUUACACACAUGUGAUAAUUGUCUUUUUUUGUUUUCUUUUUUUUUCUUUUAAGUGACUGAGUUUCAGUGUUUCAUUUCAACAUCCUACAGCAUCAUUAAGUUAACUUUGUGUAGAAGAAGCAGAAAAAAUCCCUACCUGUAUUCAUGUUUAGGGAACUGAAAGACUUUAGGACUAGAAUAAAGGUAGUGGACCGUUACAAGGGAGGAACCACAUUAAACUGAUAUCAGUUGAAGUAUUUUCUUUUUCUUUGGUUUAGCAGUAUUGAGAAAGUAAAGUGGAAAUGAGGAUAAACUGGCAAAGAAAGAAGGCAAGGGCCGGCAUUGGAUCGUUAUGGCUGCCUUUAGUAUUUGAACAAAAAAAUCCAAACAAACAGAAAAGAAAGUUAUUCCUGCAGGACUUUCUAGUUGAAAACAAAAUGAUGUAAUUAAGCUAGUUGACCAGCAGUGCAGGAACUCUGUGCUCCGUAGACAACAGACGCUCUAGCACUCUCUCUUAACUUUCACUGAAAGGACUUUUUACACCCUUGAACCAAUGUGACGCAAAAUUUCAGCGGUUUAGAAAUCAGAAGAACUUCCAGUACCGGCCCGUGUCUGACCACAAGAGCUCAACCGCAUCAUUUAUUCUGACCAAAUCAAGCCUAGCUGCACAGUUCAAUGCCAUCCUAGACCAUCUUCAUCUCUUGCUAUAGAAGUGCCAUGUCCUCUCUGACGCUUUCACUAGUAGUAUGAUUUGCACCUUUGUUGGGUUUUUGUUGUUGUUUGUUUUUUCUAAUUUUCAGAUCCGUUUUGUGCACUUUGAAAGUGUUGAGUAUUUAAAGACUCCUGUAAGAGGAAGAAGAAGAAAAAACAGCAAACAAAACCAGUUGCUAAUAGCCAUGUUUUACUAUAUAUAUGUUUACUUAAGAGUUCCAGAAUUUACUACUGUGCUAUUGCAGCAAUAAUGUUGAGGAGUCGCAUCAAGAUGCACUUGUCAAAACAGGGAUUGAGAAAAAUUAAGAAAUAUUCGAUAUUUUUAUAACAGCAAAGAGUUAAGUAUGGAAAUAUGGAAUGCUUUAUGGAUAUGGGCAUCUGCCUCUGGCAAAAGAAAAUAUAUCUAUACCUUUCAGAAAAAAAAACAUAUGCUACAGAAAUAACAAAAUGUGUACAUUUGAUUUCCUUUAUUAUAGCUGAUGAUUUAUAGUACUGUAUAUAAUCUUUGCUUGUGUCAUUUGAAAAUUCCCAAGUUAAAUGUAAGCUUUUAAAGUGACAUGAGAAAUAAAGAUCUAAUGCUAACUGA